AUCACUCUCUUCCAAUUAUUACUUUCUUUCCAAAAAGGUUUCAAUGCCUUCUGUCUGUAAUUCUUAUUUGUUUACGUGGGUAAGAUUCCGAAGCUCUAAAUUUUAACGGGUUUCAGCCCUUAUAUCUUUCUGUGAUAUCUUCUUUGUCUUGUACUGCAGUUCUUCACGAGGUGCUGUCAGAAUUUCUUUUCUAAAUAUAUAUAUAAAAAAAACCAAUCUUUAUCCAAGUUAUAUAGGUUUGGAUUCUCUUUGUUUUGUUGUAAUCUUAUUCUCCACACCCUGCCACAUCACUUCUCUGCUUCGAACCUUAAGGUUCCAAAGCACUUACGGAUGGUUUCUUCUCUGUUUCUCUUGUUUGAGUAGAGAUUGUUUCUUCCCAGCAGACGGCACUUGAAUUUUGGUCAUUGUUUUCAAAACAUUUUUAUUCCUUCCCACUCUCGCAUUUUUGUUCCUCGGACACUGUUUCUUCUGUUUGUUGUUGUAGUGCUUCUUUGUUUCUCUGGAAUUUGCUUGGUCUUUGUUCUUCUCUCUGAUUUCAGUUCAAGUUUUUGAGAGGGAAAGAUGAGAAGGCCUGAGGGUUUGUUUCGUUGUUAGUGUGUAUUUGCCUUGAUAAAGCCCACCCGGGUUUUGACUUCGUACCUAACAUUUUAUUUCUCCAAGACUUUUUGGCUGUUUAUUUUUCUUUAUCUAGUUUGUGACUUGCUAGAGAAAGAAACAGUAUGGGGAAGGUUACAAGAUGGUUGAAGGGUUUGUUGGGGAUGAAGGAGAAUAAUGUGGAGAAUUCAGGUCCACUGGCCGGAGACAUCAGAGAGAAGAAAAAGUGGAGCUUUGGCAAGUCUCGAGAUUCUAGCGCAGUUGCUCAGUCUCCAUCGAGCACUUCGAGUAAAAUGCCAGUCACCAAUGCUGCUUGUUUCAGAUACUACAUCACUGAGUCAGAGAAGGAGCAGAACAAGCAAGCAAUAGCGCUGGCUGCCGCUACAGCAUUCGCGGCUGAUGCUGCUGUGGCUGCUGCCCAGGCGGCUGCGGCAGUUGUCAGGCUGACAAGCCAGGGCAGGGGAACUUUGUUUGCAGGAGGGAGGGAGAGGUGGGCUGCUGUGAAGAUUCAAACUGUUUUUAGGGGUUGUUUGGCCCGAAAAGCACUUCGAGCUCUAAAGGGACUGGUUAAGUUACAGGCUGUUGUUAGAGGCUAUAUUGUUCGAAAACGGGCUACUGCAACCCUGCAUAGCAUGCAAGCGCUCAUAAGAGCUCAAGCAGUAGUUCGAUCUCAGCGUGCCCGUCGUUUUCUCAAUAAAGAUAACAGAUUUCAUCCUGAAAUUCGACACCGAAAAUCUAUUGAAAGGUUUGAUGAAGCAAGAAGUGAAUGUCGCAGCAAAAUGUUAUCAGCAUCUUAUGAAGCUUCAGUGCUAAAUGCAUUCGAUGAAACCCCAAAAAUUGUGGAAAUUGACACAUACAAACCUAGAUCAAGAUCUCGAAGAGUCCACACGGUGUUGUCCGAGUGUGGCGAAGAUCUGCCUUAUCAGACAAUCUCAUCACCUCUUCCAUGUCCAAUUCCUGCUCGUAACUUUCAAGAUUUUGAAUGGCACUUCAGUGGGGAAGAAUGCAGGUGCUCUACUGCCCAGAGCACUCCUCGGUGUGGUAAUUCCAUCCGGUCUAAUGCCCCAGAAACACCGGCCAAGAGCGUCUGUGGAGACAGCUUCUUCAGACCUUACGCAAACUUCCCUAACUACAUGUGCAGUACGCAGUCAUUCAAGGCCAAAUUGAGGUCUCAAAGUGCACCAAAGCAAAGACCUGAGCCCCCGCCAAAGAAGAGGUUUUCACUGACUGAAAUUAUGGCAGCAAGACAUAGCACUAGCAGUGUUAGAAUGAAGUUGUCUCCUUCCCAGGUUGACGAGGAAGAUUUAUGAUGAAUUGGGUAGAGCGAAAAAAGUCCUGUAAAUUUCUCCUAUAACAUGUUCUUACUGAAUUAUGCCUUGUGGAAAUGAAAAAGCGCUUUCUGUUUCUCUUUUUGCCGGCACAACUCCGGUAGAUGUUUGUCU